CCGAACAGGUCAUCAGUCUGUAAAGGCAUGGAUGUCCAAACAGAAACAAAGAAUGUGAAAUAGAUUAUUGUUGUCUCUGAAAAUGUGUCUUUCGGUUUUAACAUAGCAUUCUGAAAUGAAGCUGUUUAAAUGUGAUUAUUUUAUUUGUAACUAUACCUUGUUAGCUAGCUAGUCCAGCUAACCUUUAGUCCCAGCUGCCAUUCAUACCCUUCAGUUCAGCUGGCGUCACAUGCUAAAUAACGCUCAACAUCUCUAGCUGUUAGCAUCAUGUCACAGGAGGGGCUCUUUCUCGACUCGGGACAGUCAAAGAACGAUGUCAGGGAGGAGAAGAGCAGAAGUCGGCUUGGUCUGGUGGUCACCGGGGUUCUUGGAGGGUCUCUGGUCGCCCUGUACGCAGUGGCUGCUCCGUUUGUGACACCUGCUCUGAGGAAGAUCUGCCUCCCGUUCGUACCUGCGACCUCAGUCCAGGUGGAAAAUGUCCUCAGUGUACUGAGAGCCAGAUCAGGGACCCUGGUGGACAUUGGGAGCGGAGAUGGGAGGAUAGUCAUUGCAGCAGCAAAGAAGGGAUUUAAGGCAUCAGGCUUUGAGCUGAACCCCUGGCUGGUGUGGUUUUCUCGCUACAAGGCCUGGAGGGAGGGAGUCCACAAGUCCACCUCCUUCUACAUCUCUGACUUAUGGAAGGUCAAUUUUUCUCAGUAUUCAAAUGUUGUCAUAUUUGGAGUUCCUCAGAUGAUGGAGCAGCUGGAGCUGAAGUUGGCAAGCGAGUUACCGACCACAGCCAAGGUGGUGGCCUGCCGCUUUCCUUUCCCUACCUGGAUCCCUGAAAAUACUGCCGGGGAGGGAAUUGACACUGUGUGGGUGUACGAUGCAAAGACUUUUAAAUCAGACUUGCAAAAUGGAAUGAGAAGAAAGACAACACCAGAACACAAGGACACAAUGGAUUCACAACAAUAAAUGGAAACACUUGGA